GAAGAUAUGGCUCAACUGUACCUAACUCGGAAGUGGAUACAAAAUCACCAAGCUGAAUCCUUUGAUCCUGCAUCCAACAGCAUUGUUCCUGUUGCUCCUCAUCUCCGUCGGCUCAACUCUGCCAGAAGUGGUAGUCUUGUGAGCAAUUAUCUAAAUGACCAGGAUGUAGAGGACCUAGAAAUGUUGCUAGAAGCCUACUUCAUGCAAUUGGAUGGCACCCGUAAUAAAAUUCUAUCUGUACGAGAAUAUAUUGAUGAUACAGAAUCUUAUGUGAAUUUACAACUUGACAAUCAAAGACACGAACUCAUUCAGCUGCAGUUGGUAUUGGCGAGUGGUACAUUCGCCAUUGCAGUGGAAACUGGUGUAGCUGGGGUGUUUGGAAUGAAUAUUCCAUGCACGCUGUGUGUGUGCUCCUAUUUUUCCUUGUUCUGGGAUACGCCCGAUGGAAGAAACUCAUUGGAUCAUAACUGGAAGAGUAUACAACCCCAUCCACAAUAACUGGAAGAGUAGAUACAAAUGGCAUUCAUCAAUUUAUUUCUACGUCCCUUCACUUGUAAUAUAGGAGUUUUUAGGAGCAAUUAUACCUGCCAUUAGGGUGUUUUUAUUGCGACCAAAUCCUCGC